UGGGAUUGACGGGAUGUGCCGAGACAUGGCGACGUGUAAUCCAAACUGUUUUUAAUAUUUUCUAAUGAAAAAAUAAGUCGAAUGUUUGUAAACUUUGUAAAUACUCUUGUGAGUGCUUAAUAAUUCGAAAACUUGUGCCAGGAAUAGUUAUAAUUACAGCAAAAUGAAUUACAAUCAGUCGGGAGCACGAAGAGGCAAACCGAAAAGGGUUUUAGAUCCUUCCACCGGGUUUGCACCACCAGCAUCUUCAAUGCCACAAAACCCCUACAUGUAUAAUCAACAGUUGCCUCCAAACAAUGGAAUGCCAUCGGAGUUUGGAUUCAACAUCCCAGAGCAAGUUUCACCAUCGUAUGGAUUCACAACACCUCCUACUAUGCAACCUCCCAUGCAACCCUCGAUGCAGCCAUCGAUGCAAACUCCAAUUUCGUCACCUAUGCAGCCUUACUCUCAGCAUGAACCACGCACAGAAGGAUUUUCCACUCCACAAUUUGCCACCCAACUUCUUGCCGAACCAAUGGUGGCGAACAUGGCAGCGCAUUACGGAAACGCGUUGGUCGGCUCAGGAAAACAACAGUUGGAAAAAUAUGUUCCUGUCAGUGCUUUAAAGUAUUAUUUUGCAGUUGACACGGACUACGUUCUCAUGAAGUUGAUGCUUCUCUUUUUUCCAUUUACCCACAAAGACUGGUCUGUAAAGUACGAACAGGAUGGUCCACUCCAACCACGAUACGAAAGAAACGCGCCCGACUUGUACAUUCCGACCAUGGCGUUCCUGACCUACGUUGUCGUAGCCGGACUUGCUCUGGGAACCCAGGAAAAAUUCACACCCGAGCAGCUGGGCAUAUUGUCGAGCACGGCCUUGGCUUGGGGUCUGAUAGAAUUAUUAAUUCACACUAUAACCCUCUACGUAAUGAAUCUGGACACGAGUCUGCGGACCAUGGACCUCCUAGCCUACUGUGGCUACAAAUACGUGGGGAUAAAUGCAGCCGUCGUGGCCUCGCUGAUCUUUCGAAGCCUCGGAUAUUACGUCGUCCUCACAUACUUUGGUAUAUCCCUAGCUUUUUUCCUAGUGCGAUCUUUGAAGCUGCGAGUGAUUCCGGAAGGACACACUUCCUACACAGCCAGUGGCAAUAAAAGGAGACUCUACUUCAUUCUGUGUUUGGCUGGUGCUCAGCCCUUCUUGAUGUGGUGGCUCUCCUACCAUCUUAUUUAAUCCACAGUGAUGUAGCUUUUCUUUUCUUUUCUUGGGUUUUUUUUUUUUUUUUUUUUUGUAAUCUUUCUUGAAAAGGAAAACGCAUUCUUUGAAGGGUGAAGCUGAACGCGCGGAUUCUGUGAGGAGGUCGACCACUUGUUGUGCAGUUUUCUAAUAAAUAUUAUUGUAAAGGCUACGAGUAUACUGCCACUUUCCAACAAUGACAACUGAAGAAUCACUCUUUUGGGUAGUUAUGCUACGUAUAUUUUUCGAUAUUUAGGAGUGGGUUGUUGGAUAAAAAGUGAUGUGAAGGAUCGAUGAGGCGCUGAUCGAACGAUGAGUGAAUUGGAGAGCAAGUCUUGAUUGUUUAUCGUUCUGGGUACUGUCUUGUUUUCUAGUUGGCAUUCGCGAAUUUCGUGUGACGAAUGUGGAUCAUGUUGGAUAUGAGAUAUCUGUCUAAUCAAAAUUUAAGAUCUUAUUAUAACGGUUUUGUGUAAGUUUCACAGGAAAAAAAAAGGAGAGGAAAAUAAAAACAGCGAUUUCUAGGA